CCAUCCAUGGGAGUUUCCAGGCAAGAGCACUGGAGUGGAGUGCCCCUCCUCCAUCAAAGGGCCGGUGGCCUUGCCUCCCACUUGCAUGAGGCUCCUGGAAGCUUUGGCCUAACGGCCUCUUCGUCCUGCAGCCCCACACACGGCCCUACUUAUCCCAGAGCCGUGACAGCAGGGCAGAGCCGGUGACCCGGAGGCGACCCGGGAGGUUUCCCAGUUGGGGGAGGCGGAGGCCAGGCGGGCUGUGGGUGCUCCACCCCAGAAGCCUGUGGUUCUCAGGGCCCGCCCAGCAGAUCCAGAAGGCGGACUGAUCUCCAGCAUCCCCGCGGUAGCCUCCAGGAGCAGCGAGAGCCUCACCGCGGCCAGAGCAGCGCUGCGCCUCUCCACACCUGCCCCGGCCGGCACGAUGCUGCCGCUGUACCCUAGCGUGAAGUCCAAUCCUCUGCAGAAAGCGAACCUCUGCACGCGCCUGUUCUGGUGGCUAAACCCCUUGUUUAAAAUUGGUCAUAAAUGGAAAUUAGAAAAAGAUGACAUGUACCUAGUGCUUCCGGAAGAUCACUCCCAGCACCUUGGAGAAGAGCUGCAAGGGUACUGGGAUCAAGAAUUAUGUAAAGUCUAAAAAUAAAUAAAAUUAAAAAAAAAAAAGAAAGCAAUUGUAAAGUGUUAUGGGAAAUCCUACUUAGUUUGGGGAAUGUUAACAUUUCUUGAGGAAGCCACCAGAGUAGUUCAACCCAUAUUUUUGGGUAAAAUGAUUAGUUAUGUUGAAAACUAUGAUCCCGAUGAUUCUGCUGCAUAUGGUUAUGCAGCAGGGCUGAGUGCCUGUGUGCUCGUGUGGGCCGUUCUGCACCACUUGUACUUCUACCACAUGCAGAGUGUGGGGAUGAGGCUGAGAGUAGCCAUGUGCCAUAUGAUCUACUGCAAGGCACUUCGCCUAAGUAGCUCAGCCAUGGGGAAGACCACCGCAGGCCAGAUUGUCAACCUGCUGUCCAACGAUAUGAACAGGUUUGACCAGGUAAUGAUGUUCUUGCACUAUCUGUGGAUGGGGCCACUGCAAUCUAUUGCAGUGACCACCCUCCUCCGGAUGGAAAUAGGAAUAUCGUGUCUUGUUGGGAUGGCGGUUCUCAUUACUCUUCUGGUGUUGCAAAGCUGCUAUUGGAAGUUGUUUUCCUCACUUUGGAGUAAGACCACAGCUUUCACAGAUGACAGGAUCAGGACCAUGAGUGAAGUCAUAACAGGCAUCAGAACAAUAAAAAUGAAUGCUUGGGAAAAGAUUACAUUUAUAGACCUUAUUACCAGUUUGAGAAGGAAGGAAAUUUCCAAAAUUCUGAGAAGUUCCUACCUUAGGGGGAUGCAUUUGGCAUCAUUUUUCACUGUAAGCAAAAUCAUGAUUUUUGUCAUCUUUAUCAGCAAUGAGCUCCUUGACAACCUGGUCACAGCCAGCCAAGUGUUUGUGGUGGUGAUGCUGUUCGAGGCACUGUGGUUUUCGAGCACCCUCUACUUCCCCAUGGCCGUCAAGAAGGUGUCAGAGGCCAUCGUCAGCAUCCAAAGAAUCAAGAACUUUCUGUUACUUGAUGAGAUAACACAGUGCUACCCUCUGCUGCCAUCAAAUGGUAAAACUAUUGUGGAUGUGCAGGCAUUUACAGCUUCUUGGGAAAAGGCAUCAGAGACCCCAACCCUACAAGAACUUUCCUUUACUGUCAGACCCGGUGAACUGUUAGCUGUGGUUGGACCUGUGGGAGCAGGAAAGUCGUCACUGUUAAGAAAUCUGCUGGGGGAGCUGCCCCUGAGCCAGGGGAAGGUCAGCGUGCUUGGGAGGAUCACAUAUGUUUUUCAGCAGCCCUGGGUGUUUCCAGGAACUGUGAAGAGUAACAUUUUAUUUGGGAUGAAAUAUGAAAAGGAACGAUAUGAAGAAGUAAUAAAGGCUUGUGCUUUGGAAUGGGAUUUACAGCUUUUGGAGGAAGGAGAUCUAACUGAGAUAGGAGAUGGAGGAACCCUGCUGAGGGAAGGGCGGAAAGCCCAGGUCAGCCUCGUCAGAGCUGUGUAUCAGGAUGCAGACAUCUACCUCCUGGAGGAUCCGCUCAGCGCAGUGGAUGCAGUGGUCAGCAGGCACUUGUUUGAACGUGUGGCAGAGGUACAGAAGCACUGGCCGUGGUGCUGUGGUUCAUCGGAUGGACCAGGAAUCCAACCAGGUAGGGGAAAUUGUGUGUGUUGCUUGUAUUGGGCUUUUUGGAAUUCCUGGGAAUGUAGGAGAGUAUCCUUCAUAAGAAGGCUUCUAUAUCUGUUUUCACCAUUUCAGACAUUUCUGCUUGUGGUUGGUGUGGUGGGUGUGAUGGUGGCUGCAAUUCCCUGGAUCGCUAUACCUGUCAUUCCCCUUGGCAUCAUUUUCUUUGUGCUCCGGUGGUAUUUCUUUAGGACAUCACGAAAUGUGAAACGCCUGGAAUGUACAACUCGGAGCCCUGUGUUUUCCCACUUAGCAUCUUCUCUCCGGGGACUCUGGACCAUCCGAGCAUACAAAGCUGAACAGAAAUUUCAGGAGCUGUUUGACUCACACCAGGAUUUGCACUCAGAGGCUUGGUUCCUGCUUUUGACGACGUCCCGAUGGCUCGCUGUGUAUCUAGAUGUCAUCUGUGCCAUCUUUGUCACUGUUGUUGCCUUUGGAGCCCUGAUUCUGGUAGAAACUUUGGAUCUCGGGCAGGUUGGCCUGGCGCUGUCACUCACCGUCACACUCACAGGGAUGUUCCAGUGGUGCGUCAAGCAAAGUGCCGAAGUGGAGAAUAUGAUGAUUUCAGUAGAAAGGGUUACUGAAUAUACAGACCUUAAGAAAGAAGAGCCCUGGGAACAUAUGCCACCCUGCCUGCUCCGUGAAGGAAAGAUUGUCUUUGAUAAUGUUAACUUCAGGCACAGCUCAUAUGGGCGUCUGAUAUUGAAGGACCUGAGAGCAUGCAUUGACUCAGGACAAAAGCUUGGCAUUGUGGGAAGAACAGGAGCUGGAAAAAGUUCCCUUAUUGCUGCACUUUUUAGAUUGUCAGAACCUGAAGGUGGCAUUUGGAUUGAUGACAUCUUGACAACCAGUAUUGGACUUAACCAUUCACGGAAGAGUAUGUCAGUUGCACCUCAGGAACCUGUUUUAUUCACUGGAACAGUGAGGAAAAAUCUGGAUCCCUUUAAUGAGUAUUUGGGAGAAGAACUGUGGAAUGUCUUGGAAGAGGUACAACUUAAAGAAACCAUCCAAGGUCUUCCUGGUAAAAUGGAUACUGAAUUAGCAGAAUCAGGAUUGAACUUGAGUGUUGGACAGAGACAACUAGUGUGCCUUGCCAGGGCUAUUCUCAGGAAAAAUAAGAUAUUGAUUCUUGACAAAGCCACAUCCAAUGUGGAUCCAAGAACAGAUGAGUUAAUACAAAAAAAAAUCCAUGAGAAAUUUUCUGAGUGCACUGUGCUAACCAUCACACACAGGUUGAGCACUGUUAUUGACUGUGAAUGGAUAUCGGUUUUGGAUUUAGGGAGAUGGAAAGAAUGUAGCCAGCCAUAUGAUUUACUGCAAAAUACAGUUAGCCUGUUUUACAAGAUGGUGCAAAACCUGGGUAAGGCAGAGGCCUCUGCCCUCAUUGAAAGGGCAAAACAGGUGCACUUUGAAAGGAAAUAACCAGAUAUCACUCACAGUGACCGUGUGGUUAUGAAUGUUAUGAAUGUCUAGUGGACAGCCCUCAGCCUUAACAAUUUUUGAGUCAACAUUGUGAUUGUACCAUGAGUUCAUGUCUAUUCCAAAGGCAUUUUUCUAAUAGAUUUUUGUACUGCAUAAGUUAUAUUUUACUUUUUUACACCAGCAACAAAUAUUCACAUAAGAUGUUAAUCUGUAAUUUUUUCUUCAACUUCAUUCAGUGAUUUCAAGCUCUUGCAAAAGGACUUAUUAUGUUUAUUUAUAUGUUAUACUCUUUUCUUUUAUCUAAAUCAAAGAUGCAGGCCACCAAAAAAAGCUGUCUCCCAGGUUUUUUGUUUUGAGGGACUCUGAAGCCACAUUUUCUAAGAUUUGAGACAAAGUUGUCACAGAUUUAUUUUAUUUAUUUUUUUACUGUUCACAGAAUUACAUAUUACUUUCCAGUUAUAUCAGAGAUUCUUGAAGACUGUGAAGUUGCCAUUUUGUAUCACCACUUUCUUUACUAGAACUACAAUCUGUUUUUCCACUCAGAGAUCUCUGGUUAAAAUACUACAGAGAAAACUAAUAGGAAAAACAUACAACACAAGUAGUUUAAGUAACAUUAUAGGUGAGAGAGGUGUUGCCCUCCAAAAAAUACAGGACAAUAUUGUACGUUCAUCUCCUGUGUCUCCUGCAUUGAAGGCAGAUUCUUUACAGUUGAGCCAUUGGGGAAGCCCUCUAAAAGAAGAGAAAAUAUGCUUUCUCAAAGUAGGAAUCCUUCCAGGGAUUUGCUAAUGAAGGACAGACAUGUUCUAGACUGUCUUGUAGAUAGAGGAUUUUAUAUUUUUACAAUUUAAAAAAUUGUAGUAAAAUAUAUAUAACAUAAAAUUUGCCAUGUAACCAUUUUUAAUCAUACAGUUUAGUGACAUUAAUCACAUUUACAAGGUUGUGAAACCAUAAUUCUCUGGGUAACUUUUGGUAAUUAUAUUCUUCUUAUUCAGUGUGUUAUUUCUGCAGAGUCAUUUUGGUAAGUUUCAUUUUUCUAGAAGUGGAUCUGUUUCCUGUGAGUUUUGAGCUUGAUUGGAAUAAAUGUAUUCACAAAAUCUUAUAUAUUUAAUCUCUGCAGCAUCUCUGUGUUCUUUUUGCCUUUUAAUUUUCUUUGAGCCUUCACUAUUUUAUGAAUAAUCUUGAAUAAUUCUUCCUGUUUUCAAAGAAUCAACUUUUGCUUGAUUGAUGCUCUGUUUUUCUUUUUAGUUCAUCAUAUCAUUCUUUCUUUUCUUCAACUUUUCCUUUACUUUGAGAUUUUUUUCUCUAAAUUCUUAAAUUGGAAACAGAUUAAUAAUGUAAUUAUUUUUCUAAUAAGUAUAUAAAGCUGACAUUUUUUAUGAGAUCCACUUUAGCUAUAACCUACAAGUUUUGAUACUUACAAAACUUUGGUAGAAAAAUUUUGUUACUUACAAUCAAUAUUCAAUGUAUUAUGUAUUUUCUAAUUCCUAAUUUAAUUCAUUAACCAUGUCUUUUACCCAUGAGUUAUUCAUAAGUAUAGUGUUCUCUUAAUUUCAAAUGCCAAUGGAUUUUUUCUAUUAGAUUGAAUAUGUGGACCUGCUAACAUUCAACCUAUUUUAAAGCUAUAAAAUGGCACUUUCAUGUGUUUCAACGUAUUAGUUUUCUUUUGUUAUUGAUAUAUAACAAUUUCAUUUUGGUCAGGCAACAUUAGAUUGUGGGUUUUAAACCAAGGGUAACCAUAUUAACACAAAAAGUCCUUGUUUCCACCAUUUUGUAUUUUAUUUGGGGGUUUUAAAAUGUUAUAAGGACAUGUGUAACCAGUAAUUUUCAAAUAAAAAUCCUCCCUGAGUACUGGAA